CACUGCAGGGUGAUACCUGGGUACAGCAAGUACCGAAGGCUGCAGAAUGAAAACCCGCCAUCCGGAAUAUCCAAUCCCAACCCCCGGCAUCGCAUGUGGAAUGGGACCAGCAGCACGGACGUAGUGGGACCUUAAGUUGCUUUCACUUCCCCCUGCUUUGUCCUUUCCCCCGACAGGGAUGGGGAACCAGACAGAUGUGAGUGAGUUUGUUUUGUUGGGCCUCACCGAUGCGCCGGCACUGCAGUGCUAUUUCUUUGCCCUCUUCCUGCUGCUCUACAUGGGCAACGUGAUGGGGAAUGGGGCCAUCCUGGCCGUGGUGCUGGCUGAGCCCCGGCUCCACACCCCCAUGUACUUCUUCCUGGGCAACCUCUCCUGCCUGGACAUCUUCUUCUCCACUGUCACUGUGCCCAAGAUGCUGGCUGGCUUCCUCUCCGGGCACCAGGCCAUCUCCUUCACCGGCUGCCUGGCCCAGCUCCACUUCUUCCACUUCCUGGGUAGCUGUGAGUCCAUUCUGCUGGCCGUCAUGGCCUAUGACCGCUAUGUGGCCAUCUGCAACCCGCUGCGCUACACGCUGGUCAUGAGCCCACGGGCCUGUCUGUUCCUGGCCGUGGCCACCUGGUCCAGCGGUUUCCUGCAUGCCCUGAUGCACACGGUCAUGACCUCCCGGCUGCGUUUCUGUGGCCCCAACCAUGUCCACCACUUCUUCUGUGACAUCAAACCCCUGCUGAGCCUGGCCUGCGGCAGCAUCUACCUCAACCUGAUCGUACUCAACAUCGUCACCGGCAGCAUUGUUGUCAUCGCCUUCAGCCUCACGCUGCUCUCCUACCUCUACAUCAUCUCCUUCCUGCUCCUGAAGGUGCAGUCACGGGAGAGCAGGCAAAAGGCCUUCUCCACCUGCUCCUCCCACCUCACGGUGGUGACUUUACUCUACGUGCCAGUCACCUUCAACUUCAUAGUGCCCUCGCUGGGUGACUCCCCGGAGCCGGACAUGAUCGCCACCCUGCUGUACAGCACUGUCACCCCGGUCCUCAACCCCCUGGUCUACACCCUGAGGAACCAGGAGGUGAAGUCUGCCCUGAAGAAAGUGGUAGGAAGGAAACUGCUCUGUGGAAGGACAUGAAUAAAGUGCAGGGAUGGAUUGGCCCGGCGGGAUACCAGGAAUUUCCUGGUGGGCCGU